AAAACGAAACUCGAAGAAGCCCGACGCGCCGGACGACAUUGCGAAGGAGCGGGCUCCAGCAGCCCGCGCCGCGAGAAAGCGUCUGAAAAACGGACUACAAUCCAGACCAGAGAGGGGACCCAGGCCGAAUACUCUCAGUAUCCAAACUGGAGGGUGAUAACAAGUAAACACCAACGUUGAUAGCGUGAAUAAAGGAGAAAGAAAAUCAUGGCUGAUGGACUUGAGCAGUCACCAAAGAAUUGGACAGAAUCCCAAGUAAGCACCUGGUUAAGAUCCAUUGGAGUGAAGGAGCAGUACAUAGAAAGGCUCUUUGAGGAAGAAGUAGAUGGAAAAAUCCUUCUUACACUGGAUGAGAACUUUUUGAAGGAAAAGAUCUGCAUGAAAUCAGGGCCUGCUCAUUUGAUUAUUACAAAGAGAGAUGAGCUCAACUCCCAGCAAAAAACUCAGAAGAAGAAAAAGCCCCAAAAAACUGACUUGGAACAGAAAAACAAUCAAAGAUCAAUUACAUGUCCUCCUACAACAAGUGAAGGUGUUUCAGCACCAGUUCCUGUGACAGACCAAGAUGUCUUAGAGGAGAGACAAACUGCUCAGACACAGUACACGUUGACUUCACAAGAAGACUGUAAACCACGGCCAUUUGAUCAAGAAGGGAUUGAUUACAUAUAUGUAAAGCACAGAGUCCUGCAACCUGAAUCUGGUGCUUUUAAUUUGAUAUCUCCAUGCCAUGAAUUUAAGUCUUUUGCUGUUGCUGCUGCAUUGGAUCGCACAAGACUCCAAGCUAAGUUUGCCAGAGAGGUUCUUAAAUUUGCGACUGGCUGCAUGAAUAUAAGAUCAAAUGGCACAAUACACUUUGGUGUGAUGGAUAGCAAGGAGGAUGCAGGAUACGUGCAUGGUGAGGUAAUUGGUAUUCCUGUGAAAGAGAAGGACAUUUAUGUAGAUGCUUUGGACUACAUUGAAAGGAGUUUCUCCUCUGACAAGGAGCAUGUACGCCAGUGUGUGCGGCCACCAAGGUUCAUUGAGGUCAUAGAUCGAGAAAGUACAGAGAAGAUGUAUGUGGUAGAGGUUGACAUUGUACCUUCAGUCGGUAUUGUUAAGAGCAAGGUGUAUGCAGUUCGCCUGCCAAACUUCAAAGAGUCAGCUAACAAAGUAGAAUUUGAGAAGGAAACGAUUCUGCGGAGGGUGGGUUCAAAAACAGAGCCAGUGAUCGAUAAAGAUCUAAGUGAUUUCUAUGUGCGAGUCAAGGAUCGGGAUGCUCAAAGAGAAGAAGCAGAGAAAAAUAAGUUCUUCAGUGCUCCAGGGUUCUGCCAAGACCUUGGAAGGAAACUCACAAUGCUAACAACUAGUGGGAAGAAAUUCCUUGAAAAGGAGAAAUGGUUCAUAUUUGUCACAAACAAAUUCAAACCUGAUGAUCUUUGCAACAUUGAUUGGCUGCUUAACAUGAACAUUUUCUGUGUGUUCGACUUUGACCCAGACUCAAAGAUAUCGGGUCUUUGCAGUAAAUACCUUCAGCAUCAUGCUGCAAACUUGCAUUCUCUGCAGAGCUAUAGGAUGUCCAGUGACUCAAGCAUCAAAGAAUUCACAAACAACUUGCAUCUGUUUGAGGAAACUAGCUGGAUUUUUUGUAAUGGCCGUUCUGAGUUCAAAGGAAAUGAAACUCCAUGUGACGAAAUGACUUGGAUAAAGACAAAAAUGACCUUCUUGAGGGAAUCUGUGUCUUUGAUUUGUAAACAAAUCUUGCCAAAAGGGACGUUCCAGGUCAUUUUCCUUCUCACAUCACCGGUCGAGAAACCACUCUUGCAUACCUUUUAUGAGUUUUUCACAGACCUGGAAGGCCAUGAAGACAUCAUCUGCAUCUGUGAAUCAGAGAAAAACUUCCAGAGGUGGCAAAGCUUUGCAGAGGGAUCAUGUGGAACAGAAACUGUGAACAAUUUCAGUGUUGUUGGGAUGAAAAUGAGUCACGUUAAUGCAACUGUGCAGAAAAUACAACCCAUAAAAGCCUGUGCCACCAAACACUUGCCAGUUUUUGUGAAAGGGAUAUGUCUUCUUGAAACAAACAAAGAGGAACAGAUGGGUUCUCUAGAAAUUCUGACAGUCAAUCACUGUGAUGAAACAAGCAAAGACUUCAUCAAUGAAGAGAAAGCAAACAUUGAACACCAGUUCUACCGUGGUGGGAGAGUGACCUGGUUGAAUUUCUGGCUUGCUGAGCACAAGUAUGUUGGAGAGGUAAUUGAACGAGAUGCUUAUCGUGAUGUUUCCAAACUUCUCAAGGAGGUUUUGAGAUGUAAUGCAGAUCAGACUCUGGUGACUAGCAUAAACAUCUACCAUCAUCCAGGAAGUGGUGGAAGUACUGUGGCAAGACAAGUGUUGUGGAAUAACAGACAAGAUCUUAGGUGUGCAGUUGUGAAGCUUUCAUACUCGGCUGCUGUUGUUGCGCAACAUGCAGUUGACCUAAGAGAAUAUGAAGAAAAAGAUCCACAGACUUGUCUUCCUGUGUUGCUCCUCAUUGAAGACUCAGACAAAGAAUAUCUAGAUAAUCUUAGGAAUGAACUAGAGGUUGCAUGUAACACCAAGAGAAUCCAGUAUGGAACACUAUGUUUCAUUUUGUUGAGCUGCAGACGAUCCCAUGAUCCAGAGACGAGAUGCAAGGAGUCUCCAUUACAGAAUGUGUCUGUCACUCACAAACUGUCUGCUGAAGAGAAGAGAAAGUUUGCUGGAAAACGAGAGGUGCUUGAGGAACGAUAUGAGCCUCUGUUCAUCCUGACAUUUGUAUUGAUGAGUGAAGAAUUCACUGUUGAAUAUGUUCAAGGUUUUGUGAGACAUUUGCUCCAAGACAUUGACCAUCAAUCAGUUGUCACUCGCCUCAUUCGCUAUGUAGCACUACUGAACACGUAUGUUCACAACUCUUUCAUCUCUCAAUCCCACUGUGAAGCUUUGCUAGCUUUAAACAUGUACAUGGAAAGGUUUCGCCAGCAUAAGUUUGAGAAAUCACUCAGUGAUCAAGCUAAACUAGUCUUCUUGCACCUUAGAGAUGACAAGACCCACAUUGAAUCAAUAAGAAUCAUCCACCCACUCGUUGCAAAGGAAAUCCUCCAACAACUUCUGGGGAACCAACAAACCCAUUGCAGUUUGGCAAUGGAUUUGCUCUGUGAGAACGUGCUUUUCGAGCACAGAUUUGGAAGGGAGGAAUAUCUGUUAUUCUUGAGAGCACUUUUCAUAAGGCGCUCCAGAAUAAGCAAAGGAGAUGAAUAUGAUAGUUUUUUCUCUCCUUUGAUUGAGCAUGUGUGUGGAAACGAGAAAAGCUCACACAAUGCAAUUGAGUUACUCAAGGAAGCUUUCGAGCGUUUCCAUAAAGAUCCAUUCUUUGCGCAACAACUUGCUCGUCUUCAUUAUACUUACGAAAAGUUUGAAGAGGCAAAACACUGGGCAGAGACAGCAGCUAAACAGCUGCCAAACAACUCAUACAUACUUGACACAAAAGGGCAGGUGUACAGAAAAUGGUUCCAAGCAAAAUACAAAGCCAUUGAAAAUGGCAAUAUACCAAUCACACCCCAAAAUACAGCAGAUGCCGUGGAGACUGCGCUGAAAGCCCUGGAGUGUUUUAAAGAAUGUGAAAGAGCAGCUGACGCAGAUAUGGAAAACGUAAACAGUUCAGGAUUUUUUGCUGAAGUUGAAGUUGGAUGCAGCCUGCUCAAACUGAUCUCUUCAUUGCAAGUGUUUGCAAACAGAGCCAAUGGCCAUUCAGAAUGUAUGAAGUACCUGUUAACAGAUUACAUUCCGGAGGAAAUUGAAGAUGCCUGGGAACCAUUUCACGCACAUUUGAAAAACCUUCACAAGACAAUGCAAGAUGCCUUGGAAUGGAUUUCAGAAGACCUCAGUUACUUUCAGACAGACAUUGGUGCAGAUGAAGAAGAGAUUCCUGAAAGUCCUGAAGAGAAAAUAAGCCAUCCACUGAAAUGGUUGGCAAAAAAAUCUGCUGAGUAUGGAAAAUACUUCAGUGAAGCUUAUUCUACUGCACUUUUGCAACCCCCCAAUCUAACUCCUUUACAAAAACGCAUGAUCAUCUAUCAUCUUGGCGGGGGUAACGUAACAUCCAUCCUCUCCAAGCUAACUGACCAGAGAGAUGCAGUAUGUCUUCUAGAGAACAUCCUUUCUCUCUACCCCAGCAAUCCAUUAAAGGCCAGAUUUGGCCAAAGGGAUAUUGUCAAUUACAUAGUGGCCCACAUUACCCUGAAUUGCUUGUCACCACAGGCCCCAAAAGUUGUUCCUCUUAAAGAUCUACAGGCACUAUGUCAUCAGUUCCCAGCUGAUAAAAAGAAAUGUUUACCAAGUGCCCUGUUCUUGCUUACCUUGCUAUUCUGGCCAGAGGAUAAUGACACAGACUAUGAGAAAGAAACCAAAUAUGAAAUCGUCCAAUCAGCUGUUGAACACAUGGAAAAAGGCUACUGGACCAAGAUGAAGGACAUUCCUCAGCGGAAGAGAAGGCUUUACACCCAUUUUUUUCUGGGCAGUGGGAAUGGAUUGGAUAAAUUUGUCCACAAGAGAAAGUUUGAAAGAGUCACAAAGGUGUUCUCAGUCUCUGAGAAACGCAUGAAGUGGUUUAGGGGUGAGGCAUGGAAAAAGCCUGAGAUUGCCAAGAUAUUGAAACGUGUUUCUGGAUGGACUGAAGAUGGAGUGGUGUACCUUGAGGGCCCUCAGAAAUGGAAGUUCAGUAUGCUGCCUCUUCAUGUACCUUCAGUGCCUCAUAGCAAUGAAAACAUCAACUUCUACCUGGGGUUCACUUUCAGAGGCCCCGUUGCCUGCAACAUUGUUGUUGAAAAAAAUAGCGUGUCUUUGAACAAAGAUCCUGUCGCAUGCUGAAACAUGGGCCUAGUGUCCACCUCAUUAAUAAGAGUAGGAAAAUAUUAUGAUUAUCAUUUUAAAACACACAAGCCUUCCUUUGUCAGAUUGUCAAGCAGGCAAUAUGUGUAAAAGACGCAACUAAAAAUGUUGAAACCCAUGGUAUUGUAUGAGUAUCGCAUUGUUUUGUAAGAUAUAAGAUGGUUUGGUAUUUACAUUUUGCAUUUUACUCUUUUCAUUCUUGUAUAUGUAUGUAACUGUACUUAAAAACACAGCCAAAGUGUCCUAAAAGUUAUUAACUAGUCUUUGUUUAUACUGUGUGAACAUAUUUAACCUGAACUAUGACGUGAUUCCCUCUGGAUUCCCAAAGGAAUAACAGUAUAAACAGUACUUGCUACUUUAUGAAUCAAUAGAAACUUUUAAGACUCUAUUUAGACCUGUUUCAAGAAUGCUCUUAUUUUUGAUUGUUUGUAGAUCCAGUUAGGAUGGACUACAGUUCGCACCUGGCAUGAUGAUGACUCACUCUUCUAUGUUUUCCAGGAUACAAUGUAGAAAGCAAGGGAAUUAAAUACAACCCCACCCCCCCAAAAAAAGCAACAAAACCUAAAACUAAACUAAAUAAUUUAGAUGGGAAUUUUAUCAGUGUUUUAGCAAAAUAUGUAUUAAGAUUUAAAGAUAAAAAUUAUGUACAGAUGAAGAAGAAUGUGUAUGCAUAUUGAUAUGCAGCAGAAAAAUGUUUAAGGAAAGUGUUUGUUUAGGUAUUGAUAUUGAUACUGCAAAUAAAGCCAGUUGGGGUAGUGUUCAUACCUAUGCUUUUUUACUUGAAUUGAAUUGUUUUUGACAAAAACACACACAACGCAGAAUUGUGUCAUCGAAUAAAAUAAAACACUUUUUUCCAGGAAUGCUUUCAUGGUGUCAUUCCUUGAACAAACUAAAUUGGCCUCUUCAAGUCCAACUGAUAGUGAUAGUCUUUUGAGAGGAAAUAACUUCAUGGUGGAACAACUGG